AAAAAAAAAAAAAAAAAAAGGAGAGAAAGAGAGGAACUCCCACCGAUGCAAAAGCUGAAGCUGUGAAAAGGCACCAAGUCCACCGAAACUCUCCAAUUUAUUGUUCCAUUCAAGGUAUGCCUAAGAGAAAGAGGUAUCCUCCUAAGAGUCGAUCUAGGCCAACUCAAAUUCAACGUGAUACUCAAAAUCAAUCUGAAGGACAAAGUCUUUCACAAACUCAGGAUGAAGCCGAAAAUCCUCUGUCCACUUACAAGAGAAAGUCCAAUAAGUAUUGGAUAGUUGAUGUGAUUGAUGAGGAGGGAGUUGUAAAGGAAACAAAUUUGCGGGUGCAAGACAUGUUUGUACUUCCUAUGGGAAAGAAGGUUGUCUUGGAGUGGAAUAAUCGCAACCAACCAGUUGGAGAGUCAGCUGGCCUUUUGGGAGGAUUUCUAGGUUCAAUUGCAAGCAACUUUGAAUAUUUUCCCAUUGGUUUUGAGAAAUGGCCUAAGAUUCCAAAACCAUACAAGGAACACGUUUGGACUAACACUAUAAAGCCAAAAUUUCAAGUAAAUGAUGAGAUGAACAAGAAGUAUAUACUCGGAAAUAUUGGGAGGAAAUGGAGGGACAAGCGGAUUAAGUUAUUUGAUGAAAAUUAUGACCCAUCACUUGGUAAGGAUGCCAAUAUUGACUUGCCACCGGCUGGGAUCAGUAAAGACCAAUGGGCACUUUUCUUGAACUAUAGAUUGAAUGAGAAAACUAUGGAGAUUUCUUGUAAAAAUCGUGUAAAUCGACAAAAACAAACUGUUCCUCAUAUUCUUGGGUCGAGGUCAAUAGCUAGAACGAUGCAUGAACUGGAAAUUAAAGCCGGGAGACCUUAUACUAGAGGGCAAAUGUAUUCUAUUGCCCACAAGAAAAAAGAUGGGUCUUUUGUUAAUGAUGAGGCUAGGCAAAGGAGUGAACAAUUAAAUAUGCAGGCAGAUGGGACUUCUUCUGAAGCAGAUACCUAUAUAAAUGUCUGGGGGAAAGAACACCCAGGACGGGCUCGAGGUAUGGGAUUUGGUGUAUGCCCAUCUCAGCUCUUCAGAUCCACUUGUAGUUCUGGAGGAUCGCCAGUGUCUCCAUCCAGUGGUGUCCCAUCAAAUACUGAAUGGCAAGCAAUGAAAUUAGAGUUACAAGAGAGUAAAUCAAAGGUUAAAGCGUUGGAGUCAGAAUUGCAAAAGAGUAAAUCAAGAUUUAAAGUUUUGGAGGAUCAGAUGUCUUAUCUUUAUCAAAACUUUGCGGGUCAAAGGCCGCUUGGUUUUCCUAACUCUACUGCUAAUCAG